AUGCCAAGACGUCGUGAGUCGGUUCAUUUUCAUCAACUGAGUGAGUUUGAAAAAGGCCGUAUAGGCCGCAGUCUUUCAACGGUGUUACAAUGUUGGAGGAGGUCAUCUACGAAUUGCUGCCCUACGAGACAGACGUUCUGCCACUCGCGCAACUGCAAACGAUUGGAUGGGUGCGUUGAAGUUCUCCCCUGGCCUGCUCGUUCAUCAGAUUUGUCACCAAUCGAAGAUGUGUGGGAUAUCGUGGGCACACGUCUAGCUGCUAACUUGAGUACGUUUAAAAACGUGUCCGCAUAUUUCUGUACACUAAGUUGGAUUGUUAUUUUCAUAUUAUUGUUAAUAAAGUUUAGACCAAAGUCACGUUGGGACGAAUUAGUCAAAGUUAAGAGUGAAACGCCAUGGCAUUGUUCCAAAUGCGGAAAAUACUACCCUUCUAAAAGAAGUCUUCGAAGCCAUAGAAGCUGGCACACUCGUAACAAGAACUCACACGAUAAACGCACCGCUACCCUGGAAGAUUCUAGUAGCGAGUCACAAAACUCCAGCGAAAGCGACAGCGUCUACUCACCUGAUACUUUCGACGAAUUCAGUGACGACGAUUCCAAAAAACCCAAAGUCAAAAAAGUAGCGAAACGUGUUUUGUGUGAAAUUUGCGGCAAGGAAUUUUCGUCAAAAGAUAAUUUGCGUUUACACAUGAGAAUUCAUACCAACAGUAGGCCUUUUGUUUGCUUUAUGUGUGGAAAAAGUUUUCGUCGUCAGGUUGUUCUUCGAGAUCACGAGAGGAUUCAUACGGGCGAAAAACCGUACCAGUGUGAUGUAUGUGGCAAAUGCUUUACACAAAGAACACCUUUAGUGGUACAUAAGAGAGGGCAUAGUGGUGAGAAACCGUUUGAGUGUCAUUUGUGCAACAAGAAGUUUGUUUCUAAAGGGCAGAUGGCAAACCUCCAACCAAAACUUGCCUAA